AUGUCGUAUACUCCGGACACGGAUUACGGCGACGGCGGAUUUCCAGAUAGCUUGCUUUUGAGUGUGCGGGAAGAUGAGUCGUGCUUGGAGACAGUAGCAGAGGAAGUGGUUGGCUCUGGUUCGAAUGACAACUCUGAUUUGGAUGAAAAUGACUUGUACUCCUGUCUUGACAUCGAGGAACUUGCUCAAUGGGAUGAACCCGACAGCAUAUCUUCAGGGAAACGGAAGGUCGAGAACACUGACACUCUCGAACGCGAAAAUCCAAAGCGAAUCCGUGUCGAUACUGCAGAACCUCUUGUUGACAUCAUAACGGUAUUCACUGCUGCUGCGGACAGCGGAUGCAGCCGGGACAACCCACCCGUGCAUUCAACACCACUUACUACUCCCGAACUAGACGGUUCGGACGAUGAAUCGGCACCGGCCGAUGAGCCACCGCCUUGGACGGGAUCCAACCCGGAAGAUCGGCCUAUAUAUCUGGAUGGUGGGAUCGGGCCCCGUAUUCAGCGAUCCAUUAAUCGAUGCCCUUGGGGCGUCCAGUAUAUGAUCGCAUAUUAUCGCAGCAACGGGGCUUUGAAACCAGAGCAGAUUACUGCGUCAAAACUAGAAAUGCUCCAAGGCACGAACGAAGAAAUGGCUCCCAGAGUCCUUGAAGUUCUGAGGGGUACGAUCAUCGAGGACAGGUUCUCCAGUGCUUACGAGAAGGAACGUGCAACAAGGUGCCCGUGGGCGGAGCUCGAUCGCGAGUACGCUGCCCUCAGCGAGGACCCUUAUGCUUUGGUAGGUGGAAAACGGCAAGAAGUCCCCUACGGAGGCAAGAUCGUCUUUCCGGUGAGAGCCCGGAAGCGCAAAGAUUCCAACGUUCCAAGGUUCGAACUCGAACGUCCCGAACUUUCGUCGUCGGACGGGUUUCGUCGCGAGUACGGCUCUUCAGCUUUCAUUCGCCUGCGACUCGGAUCUAGCAUGGAAUACAAGAAGCUAGGGGAGUUUCUGCAUCGACCAUUCGUCCUGUGUGGUCGCGUAUUUCGCGCCUUUCGUCGCAAGGAUGAGAGCGUUUUCCUCAUCGAAGUCAAUGAAGUGCUUCUCGGUUAUGAUUCCCCACCUCCGCGAUAUGGUGACAACUGCCGACCAAAGUCGUUUUUUGACUUCCUGGACUCUCACAAUCCUCGUUCACUCAACAACAAACAGAAUGCGGCCAAAUAUGGUGCUCGCUUCGACUUGAAGCUCAGCAACUCGGUUGUUGCCUGCGUACUCGAAAGAUCAAACAUUAUAUUCAUGCCAGAGGAUGAGAUAUCACCAGCCGCAAAUGGUUCGUCAGAUGCAAAGUACGUGAUGACGGAUGGAUGCGGCUACGGUAAUCGAGCUCUGUUCGAAGCCGUUAAGGCGGUCUUGAACCUGGAUUCGUGCCCAACUGUUGUGCAGAUGAGAUUAGCGGGGAGCAAGGGUCUCCUGAUACUUCAUCCUGGGCCGGAGGCGUACGCUUGCAGUCAACCUCAAGCAUGGUUGCGACCGUCUCAAGUGAAGAUCAAGUACACUGAAGCCCAGCUUGAAAACCCGUCUCGGCGAAGUCUGGACAUUCUUCGUCUCGGACAUCUCCGUACCCCAUCAAGGGCAUCUACCGAGGUUCUGAUCGUUUGGUCAGACAACGGAGUACCGGCUACAGCGAUUACUGCCCAUCUUCAGAGGAUGCUGCAAGAACUCACGAACACACUCACUGACUUCGACAGACCAAACGCUAUGCGGAAUCUCUGGUACCAGAUUGCUAAGGCUAGAAGUGUGCUUUCACAGCGCCGGGCUCGCUAUGCUGCUGGCGAAGCUCGUGCGCUGGGACUGGGCUCAUAUGACUACGUCGAAGAAGACGACGGCGACGACGGCGGUGAUGGUGAUUUUGACCCGGCCUUCCAUGAGCAGUCGGCGGCUUGGUGGCCGGACGAGAUCAGUGGUAGUCCGUCAACGCUGGAGGAAACGGUGAUGGCGCUCCUCGAUUCAGGCUUCACACCGGCAUGUGGGGUGCUCGCGUCGAAGCUUGACAAUGUCAUUCGAUCCAUCCUGAUGAACUUUGUCAAACCACCGCGAUUCAAGAUUGAACUGCCGAUGUCAUGCACGGCCUUCAUCACACCAGAUCCAACUGGGACCCUCGACCCGGGAGAGAUAUUCAUUCGCAGCUCGCAUGACAAUGUCAUUGGCUUGGACGGAAUAAAGACAGAUACCAUUAUCGGCGAAGUACUGGUCAAGGCCGUUUACCGGCCUGCCUUACACCGGUACACCAAUCAGAUUGUCAUUUCGGUCAAGGGCGAUCGCUCACUCGCCAGUAUCCUUGCGGGAGGUGACUACGAUGGCGAUAAAUGCUUUGUGACCUGGGAUCCGGCGAUUGUGGAGCCAUUCAAGAAUGCGCACCUUCGAUAUGCUGAUCCGCCGGACGGUUUCGAGGACGCGUUCGAGAAGAACCCCAUAUCCGUGGCCGAGCUUGAGCCCGCCUCCAUCCGAGACUGGCAACGAUACCUGCUCGCCCUCGACAGCCACAGAGACAUGGUCGGCAUAUUUUCUAAGCGCCACACCCUGGCCAUUUACCUGUAUGGCUUGAGACACCAGACAACACGUUUCUUAUCGCACAUGUUUGCGUACAUACUAGAUAGCGACAAGAACGGGAAGAAGAUUCAUCCUACAACGCGCACGAAGUACGACAAUAUGUUCAGAGGGAAAGGGGUACCCAAGUGGACCGUCGCCGAAUCCGAGCACAACCGUGAUGAUGGCUUCCUUAUCCCUGAACACGAGCAGAUAGUCAUCACGGAUCAGGAACGAGAGCGCCUGUAUAAAAGGCGUGACAGAUUUAUCAUGGACGAGGUGGUCAAAGCCGCACAUCAAGAGAAGAAGAGGUGCCUCCAGAUCAUCGACAACCGGUUCGCGGAGUAUCCAGCGACUUGGGACGCAGAUUUGCUCGCGCCAUGGGAUGAUGCUGAAAGGCGCUCAAGGAUGAAGAAGGACGGCACACUCGAGAGUGCUUUGCAGGCCAUCAAGGAGCAUGUCAAGAAAGUCGCCGAAAAGCAUGGCCAGCAAAUCAACCCGAAAUCCAAGGACCACCGAUUCUUCACGAAAAAGCCGAUUACCGAACGACAGGACAUCCUUCGGGGGCUCUCGAAAAUGUUCCACUCGGAAUUGCAGCUCACCGAGAGCCAACAGCUCGAGUUUGUACGACUGUGA